AGUCAGUGUAAGAACGUCCGAGUUCGUGAAUCUGUCUGCGCCCGGUGCGUGUGAAAGUCGUCUGCUAGAUUAAGUUGUUACUUGGAAGGAAAAAGUCAAUUGCCGAAAUGCCGAACAUAAUAAAUGACAUAAAGCUGGACUUUAAGGAUGUGCUGUUACGCCCGAAGCGGAGCACGUUGAAGAGCAGAUCCGAUGUAGAUCUCUUUAGAGAAAUCACAUUUCGCAAUUCUAAACAAACAUAUAGAGGAAUUCCUGUAAUGGCCUCUAAUAUGGAUACCGUUGGAACAUUUGAUAUGGCGAAAGCUUUAUCGAAGCAUGGCCUUUUUACUACGGUUCAUAAAUAUUAUAGCCCAGAUGAAUGGAAAAAUUUUGCUACACUAAAUCCUGAUUGCAUAAAAAACGUCGCAGCCAGCUCAGGAACAGGAAACGAAGAUUAUGAACGACUUACAAGCAUUUUGGAAACUGUCCCGGAAUUGUCAUUCAUAUGUUUAGAUGUUGCAAACGGAUAUUCGCAACACUUCGUCGAAUAUGUGAGAAAAGUGAGGGCGCGAUAUCCAAAUCACACUAUAAUUGCAGGAAAUGUUGUGACAGGAGAAAUGGUGGAGGAGCUAAUACUUUCUGGAGCAGACAUAAUUAAAGUAGGAAUCGGUCCGGGUUCUGUAUGUACAACGCGAAUGAAGACCGGCGUAGGCUAUCCGCAAUUGAGCGCCGUAAUUGAAUGUGCAGACGCAGCGCAUGGCUUGAAGGGGCAUAUUAUCGCCGAUGGCGGCUGUACUUGUCCCGGAGAUUUGGCGAAAGCAUUUGGUGCCGGUGCGGACUUUGUUAUGGCAGGUGGAAUGUUCGCGGGCCACGACGAGUGUGGAGGCGAAGUUAUAGAGAAAAAUGGGAAGAAAUACAAACUUUUUUAUGGAAUGUCCUCUAGUACAGCUAUGAAAAGGCACAAGGGAGGAGUUGCAGAUUAUAGAUCUGCAGAGGGGAAGACUGUUGAAGUGCCUUAUAGAGGUUUGGUCGAAAACACCGUGCUGGAUAUAUUAGGUGGCUUAAGAUCCGCUUGUACUUAUACAGGAGCUGAGCGCCUGCGCGAAUUACCGCGACGAGCGACAUUUAUACGUUGUACACAACAAUUAAAUCCUAUGUACGGGCCUCCACCAGAUAUGUAAAACCGUUAUGAUUAGCAUAAAUGUUAAAUUGUGCUCCUUAUAUAAAAUGAAAGCUUAGGAAAGAAAGUUUUAAACGCCAAUCUUUUUUAAUUGCAUAUUAUUUGCUGGCGAAUAAUAUUUAUAAAUGGGUGAAAAUGCAGUCUUGCUAAAAAAAUGUUUAUCACCUCAUUUCGUAACAUUUAAGUAUUACGAAUUAAUGCUAAGUAUGCUCAAAUUGAAGAACAUUAUAUGAUUAAUCCUUAUGCACAAAUAAAGAAUUUCGUUAUAUUAAA